CAACACUUCAUCAAAUUGUUCGAGCAAGAAAGAUCGACAGUACCAUUCACAGCAAUUUUAUACUGAACUAUAAUAUCAUCCAAGCCUCCACAAACCGCAGCCAUGUGGUACGCGAUAUCUCGACCGAGCGAAUAUCUUGUGCUCACUGGAGCCGGGAUUGAUGACAUCAAAGUAUGCAAGAAGGCAUUUGUGUGGCCACUUCAGCGGUGUUCGAGAAUAUCUGUAGCACCGUAUGAUUUCUCGCUUAGCUUACAGGCUAUGACAAUCGAGAAGCUGCAGUUCUCUCUGCCAGCAGUGUUUACCAUAGGCCCUGACAAUGAGCCGGGCGCACUCAGGAAAUAUGCGCUGCUUCUUUCGGGCUGUACAGACGAGGCUGAUCCUGCCCAAAAGAGGGACCUGAAUAGCAAAGCAAAGCAGAACCAUGUCCAGGAUAUCGUUCGAGGAAUCAUCGAAGGUGAAACACGAGUGAUUGUUUCUAGCAUGUCCAUGGAGGAAAUCUUCAAGGAGAGACAGAUAUUCAAGACGAAAGUGAUCGAGAACGUUCAAAAUGAACUCCAGCAAUUCGGCCUAAGGAUUUAUAAUGCCAACGUAAAGGAGCUUCAAGAUACCCCUGGAAGCGAAUAUUUUGCUUUUUUGAGUCGCAAGGCUCACGAGGGAGCCCUCAACCAAGCUAAGAUUGAUGUUGCAGAGGCACGAAUGAAAGGUGAAAUUGGAGAGGCAGAGAAGAAGGGCAGGACCAAGCAGGAGAUUUCCAAGAUUGAUGCCGACACCGCUGUUCUAGAAACAAAGCGCAAGGCGGAGAAGGCCAAGGCAGACUCAGAGCUUACGAACCGCAAAACUGAAUUGGAUGCUGAUGUCCAACUUAACAAGAUCGCAGCUCAGCGUCAGACGGAAAUGAGAGACGCUGAGUUGCAGAAACAAGUGGAAAGCAAGCGCGCAGAGACGGAGUUGGAACGUCUCAGAGCCGAGCAGGUCACAAAAAGCAAGGUUGAGCGUGAGUCUUCCCAGGAAGAGGCCGACGCUGCCUUUUAUACGGAACAGAAGGCGGCGGAUGCAGAAUUGUACAAGAGCAAAAUGGAAGCGGACGCAACCUAUUAUCGCCAGAGCAAAGACGCAGAUGCAGCUUUCUACACUCAAAAGCGAGAAGCUGAAGGAAUCCUCGAGAUGGCAAAGGCAUACGGUGCGCUUGUUGAUGUUCUCGGUGGUCCUCAGGCGUUCCUGCAGUACAGAAUGUUGGAGUCUGGCACUUAUGAAAGGUUGGCCGAUGCCAAUGGUCGUGCCAUCAGUGGCCUCCAGCCGAAGAUCACCACUUGGAAUACCGGAGACCAUGGAAACGGUUCGCCAGAUGCGAUGGCACCGAUUCGAAAUAUUAUGCAGGGCCUCCCUCCUAUCUUAAGUACAAUCCAUGAACAGACCGGGAUAGCGCCACCGUCAUGGUUUGCUGAGAUGCCAAAGUCCAAAGAUUUGAACGGCAAGCCCCUUCAGACAGAGUCUCAUCCUUUGAAUUAAGACCCUUCUGAACCCCUAGAAAGUUCCCUGCAUCAAGAUGAAGGAUG